AUGUCUAAUCGAGACUACUACAACGGCGCCAGCUACAACGGUGGCAACAGCCAGUACUCCCAGCCUCAAUACGCCCAGCCUCAAUACGCCCAGCCUCAAUAUGCCCAGCCACAGCACCAGGCAUACCCUCAGCAUCAACAGCAACAACAGUACCAUCCCUCUCAGCACGCCUCCCCGCAUGCCUCCCAGCAAGGUCAGGAUGAUGAGCGCGGCCUAGGCGCCUCCAUCGUCGGUGGCGCAGCGGGUGCCUACGGAGCCCGCAAGAUAGGCAAGACUGGUCUUCUGGGUUCCCUGGGCGCCGGUGCGCUAGGUGCCAUCGGCGCCAACAUGCUGGAGCACAAGCUUGAGAAGAGGAAGCACAGCAAUCACGGCGGCUCCCACCACGGCAGCUCCCACCAUACCGGUGGGAUGGGCGGCGGACUCGGCGGCGGACUCGGCGGCCUCAUCGGUGGUCAUGGGAGUCACAGCAGCCUCGGGAGCUCUGGGAGUCACCACAGCAGUUACGGCAGUCAUCACGGUAGCCAUGGUAGCCACCACGGCGGUGGCCAUUUCUUCAGCCGAGACGGUCCUGAUGGCCCCGGUGGUGGUUUCGGUGGCCCCGGUGGUAACCAUGGCGGUCAUCACGGCCACCAUGGUCGUCAUUGA